AAUAAAUUUCUCCGUGAUUGGUUGGUGAAGGAUUUCAAACUCGAGCUGGCGGCGCGGUGCUCCUCUGCCGUUGGGUACAGCCCGGAGGGAAGCGGAAGGCUUCCCAGGUGGGGCCAGGAGGGUUCGGCUGAGUGGGCUCCGCGGGGGCUGCUGGAAGAGGUUCGUCUGGCGCCGAGUUUGUGGUAGGAGGGAGUCGGAAUUGAAAGAUGGAUACUACGAUGCUGAAUUUGCGGAAUCUGUUUGAGCAGCUUGUACGCCGGGUGGAGAUUCUCAGUGAAGGAAAUGAACUCCAAUUUAUCCAGUUGGCAAAGGACUUUGAGGAUUUCCGUAAAAAGUGGCAGAGAACAGACCAUGAGCUGGGGAAAUACAAGGACCUUCUGAUGAAAGCAGAGACUGAGCGUAGCGCCCUGGAUGUUAAGCUGAAACAUGCCCGCAAUCAGGUGGACGUGGAGAUCAAACGGAGGCAGCGCGCUGAGGCCGACUGCGAGAAGCUGGAAAGACAGAUUCAGCUGAUUCGAGAGAUGCUCAUGUGUGACACAUCUGGCAGCAUUCAACUAAGCGAGGAGCAAAAAUCAGCUCUGGCUUUUCUCAACAGAGGCCAGCCAUCCAGCGGCAAUGCUGGGAACAAAAGACUGUCAACCAUUGAUGAAUCUGGUUCCAUUUUAUCAGAUAUCAGCUUUGACAAGACUGAUGAAUCGCUGGAUUGGGAUUCUUCUUUGGUAAAGACUUUCAAAUUGAAGAAGAGAGAAAAGAGGCGCUCCAGUAGCCGACAGUUCAUUGAUGGUCCCCCUGGACCUGUAAAGAAAACUCGUUCCAUUGGCUCCACAGUAGACCAGGGGAAUGACUCCAUAGUUGCAAAAACUACUGUGACUGUCCCCAAUGAUGGCGGGCCCAUCGAAGCUGUAUCCACUAUUGAGACUGUACCAUAUUGGACAAGAAGCCGAAGGAAAACAGGUCCAUUGGGUACGUUACAGCCUUGGAACAGUGACUCCACCUUGAGCAGCAGGCCACUGGAGCCAAGAACUGAGACAGACAGUUCCGGCACCCCACAGAGCAAUGGAGGGAUGCGGCUGCAUGACUUCGUCUCGAAGACGGUUAUUAAACCCGAAUCUUGUGUUCCAUGUGGAAAGCGGAUAAAAUUUGGCAAGCUGUCUCUGAAGUGUCGAGACUGUCGGGUGGUCUCUCAUCCGGAAUGUCGGGACCGCUGUCCCCUUCCCUGCAUUCCUACCCUGAUAGGAACACCUGUUAAGAUCGGAGAGGGAAUGCUGGCAGAUUACGUGUCUCAGACUUCUCCAAUGAUCCCCUCCAUUAUUGUCCACUGCGUAAAUGAGAUUGAGCAGAGAGGGCUGACUGAGACAGGCCUGUAUCGGAUCUCAGGCUGUGACCGGACAGUAAAAGAGCUGAAAGAGAAAUUUCUCAGAGUGAAAACUGUACCCCUCCUCAGCAAAGUGGAUGACAUCCAUGCUAUCUGUAGCCUUCUGAAGGACUUCCUGCGAAACCUCAAAGAGCCGCUUCUGACCUUCCGGCUAAACAAGACCUUUAUGGAAGCAGCAGAAAUCACAGAUGAGGACAACAGCAUUGCUGCCAUGUACCAGACUGUUGGUGAGCUGCCCCAGGCCAACAGAGACACAUUAGCUUUCCUCAUGAUUCACUUGCAGAGAGUGGCUCAGAGCCCAAACACUAAAAUGGAUGUGGCCAAUCUGGCUAAAGUCUUUGGCCCGACAAUAGUUGCCCAUGCUGUGCCCAAUCCAGAUCCAGUGACAAUGUUACAGGACAUAAAGCGUCAACCCAAGGUGGUGGAACGCCUGCUUUCGUUGCCCCUGGAGUACUGGAGUCAGUUCAUGAUGGUGGAACAAGAGAACAUCGACCCCAUGCAUGUCAUUGAAAACUCAAAUGCCUUUUCAACUCCACAGACGCCAGAUAUUAAAGUGAGUUUACUGGGACCCGUGACCACUCCUGAGCACCAGCUUCUCAAGACUCCUUCAUCUAGCUCCUUGUCGCAGAGAGUCCGCUCCACCCUUACCAGGAACACACCCAGAUUUGGGAGCAAAAGCAAGUCUGCCACCAACCUAGGACGACAAGGCAACUUUUUUGCUUCUCCGAUGCUCAAGUGAAGUCACAUCUCCUGUUAACUUCCCAGCGUUUACUGACUGCGAGGAAGGGCGCACCUGUACUCUCUGCUCUAGCAGCUCCCAUAUUCAGUACUACUUUUAGCAUUCUCCAGGCUUUUAAUCAAGUUUAAUUGUGCAUGGGGGUUUUAUUAAGACUAUAUAUAUCUCCCUCUCCUUCUCCUCAAGUAACAUAAUAUCAACACCUUCUGCCGUUGCCAUUGGGAGCUUUUAGAUGGGAGAACUUUACAGGGGUAGAGGGGUAGUAUGGAAUUCAUUAUGAUUCCUUUGGUGGCUGGGGUGGGGGAGCAUCUCUUGGGCUUAAAGCUAAAUGCUGCUCAUGGAAUGGCCUUUCUCUGAUGUUAUUGAGAACUAACUUUCAUGAGACAAUGACAGAAGCUCUGCCUCUUUAGUAGGACGAUUUGUCUCAGGGUGGGAGGUGGGAGGUGGGAGGGCCGAGUAAAGAAAGGUUUGGACACAGGAUUUCAGAUGGCUCCUGAGAAUUGGGAAGUCCCCAUUCCUCUGUUAUGAACUGAGCUGUAACAUGGAGCCUUCAUGAAAGUGGGGUAGAGUGAGGAUAGAAGUAAUGAUGCAAGGAUGCUUAGCUGUAAUUUGGAUUAAGUUUAAUAGUGUUAAGUGGCACGACUUUGCGAAAGUGACACUACAACUUAUAUUUAUCGCUAAUGGGCCUCUGGCUGGACUUUGAGUUUGGUUGGGGUCAAAGCCAGUUUUUUCUUAAGUUGAAUUCAUUCUGAUGCCACACACACACACACACACACACACACACAC